AUGGGCUUCGGUUCAGAGACUGCAGAAUGGUUCUUUGAUGUCCAGAUCAGUCACUUCUCUGAAGGUCUGUGUGCCAGACAUACCAUCACCAUGUGUCCCUUCAGGGCCAUCACCACACACACACACGCACAGGCCACACAGCUGAGGUAUGAAAUGUUUGUGUGUGUGUUUUUAGGGCGAUCCUUUGUGCGCGGUCUCAGUAUUUCCGAGCUAUGCUGUGUGGGAGUUGGAUGGAGAGCUCCAGACAAUGCAUCACUCUACAGGGGUAGGUUCUGACACACAUACAUACAUACAUACAUACAUACAUACAUACAUACAUACAUACAUACAUACAUACAUACAUACAUACAUACAGUUGAAGUCGGAAGUGUACAUACACUUAGGUUGGAGUCAUUAAAAGUUGUUUAUCAACCACUCCACAAAUUUCUUGUUAACAAACUAUAGUUUUGGCAAGUCAGUUAGGACAUCUACUUGGUGCAUGACACAAGUAAUUUUUCCAACAAUUCUUUACAGCCAGAUUAUUUCACUUAUAAUUCACUGUAUCGCAAUUCCAGUGGGUCAGAAGUUUACAUACACUAAAUUGACUGUGCCUUUAAACAGCUUGGAAAAUUCCAGAAAAUGAUGUCAUGGCUUUAGAAGCUUCUGAAAGGCUAAUUGACAUCAUUUGAGUCAAUUGGAGGUGUACCUGUGGAUGUAUUUGAAGGCCUACCUUCAAACUCAGUGCCUCUUUGCUUAACAUCAUGGGAAAAUCAAAAUACAUCAGCCAAGACCUCAUAAAAAAAAUUGUAGACCUCCACAAAUCUGGUUCAUCCUUGGGAGCAAUUUCCAAAUGCCUGAAGGUACCACGUUCAUCUGUACAAACAAUAGUACGCAAGUUUAAACACCAUGGGACCACGCAGCCUUCAUACUGCUCAGGAAGGAGACGCGUUCCGUCUCCUAGAGAUGAACGUACUUUGGUGCGAAAAGUGCAAAUCAAUCCCAGAACAACAGCAAAGGACCUUGUGAAGAUGCUGGAGGAAACAGGUACAAAAGUAUCUAUAUCCACAGUAAAACGAGUCCUAUAUCGACAUAACCUGAAAGGCCGCUCAGCAAGGAAGAAGCCACUGCUCCAAAACCGCCAUAAAAAAGCCAGACUACGGUUUGCAACUGCACAUGGGGACAAAGAUCGUACUUUUUGGAGAAAUGUCCUCUGGUCUGAUGAAACAAAAAUAGAACUGUUUGGCCAUAAUGACCAUCGUUAUGUUUGGAGGAAGAAGGGGGUUACUUGCAAGCCGAAGAACACCAUCCCAACCGUGAAGCACGGGGGUGGCAGCAUCAUGCUGUGGGGACUGGUGCAAUUCACAAAAUAGAUGGCAUCAUGAGGAAGGAAAAUUAUGUGGAUAUAUUGAAGCAACAUCUCAAGACAUCAGUCAGGAAGUUAAAUCUUGGUCGCAAAUGGGUCUUCCAAAUUGACAAUGACCCCAAGCAUACUUCCGUAGUUGUGGCAAAAUGGCUUAAGGACAACGAAGUCAAGGUAUCGGAGUGGCCAUCACAAAGCCCUGACCUCAAUCCUAUAGAACAUUUGUGGGCAGAACUGAAAAAGCGUGUGCGAGCAAGGAGGCCUACAAACCUGACUCAGUUACACCAGCUCUGUCAGGAGGAAUGGGCCAAAAUUCACCCAACUUAUUGUGGGAAGCUUGUGGAAGGCUACCAGAAACGUUUGACCCAAGUUAAACAAUUUAAAGGCAAUGCUACCAAAUACUAAUUGAGUGUAUGUAAACUUCUGACCCACUAGGAAUAUGAUUAAAUAAAUAAAAGCUUAAAUAAAUCAUUCUCUCUACAAUUAUUCUGACAUUUCACAUUAUUAAAAUAAAGUGGUGAUCCUAACUGACCUAAGACAGGGAGUUUUUACAAGGAUUAAAUGUCAGGAAUUGUGAAAAACUGAGUUUAAAUGUAUUUGGCUAAAGUGUAUGUAAACUUCCGACUUCAACUGUACAUACAUACUGGCCAAGGGAUGGUUAGGUCCUUCUUCUUCUAUAAUGUCUAUACAUCUGUAAUGUCUACGGCUGCGUCCCAAAUUGUAGCAUAUUCCCUAUAUAGUGCGCUACUUUUGUCGAGUUGUGCACUAUAAAAUGAAUAGGCUGACAUUUGGGACGCAACAUAUACUUCCACUCUGGUGUAACAAUAACAAGGCUCAUUGUCUCCCAACAACAAUGUGAGUCUGCUGCCUAUGCUAUACUGCAUUAAUAAUUCAUACUGUGGGUGCUGAGAAUAUUUUAGGCUAUAUCAGGCUGGCUCUUUAUGGGGUUUCAUACACACACAACAGGGUUAGGCUCAAUUUGAAUUAAAGGCAGUCCAUUCAGGAAAUUAUUUGGAUUUAACAUUCAAAAAUGUAAAAACGUUUUAAAUAAAUAGCUUUCACUUUAUUGAGAAGUCAUUCAAUUUAAUUUACAUUUUUGUUUACUUCCUGAAUUGACUGCCUUCAAUUGGAAUUGAGUCCAACCCUGACACACACACACAAACCGCUAACUACAGGCAGUUUUAUUCCACUCACUCAGAUAAUUUCCAAACCAGGUCAUCUACCCUUCUUUUUAAGUCCUCUCUACCCAUGCUGUCAGAGCGGUGUGGCAGCAGAGACAAACGAGGCAGCACUCUCCUCAGGGGAGAGUAAUGUCACUCGUCUCUGCCUGGCUGAUCUGAGAGUAAUUGGGGACGACACACUGUCACCAUGCAGGAUGGGUGUGCUGAAGCACUGUAGUGGGGGACUCUGGGGAAAAUACCCCAAAGGCCUCAGUGACAAUGUUUUAGUGCUGCUCUUCGCUUAGAAUUGCAUUUUAUAAAAACAUAAUGUGGCUCAAUAAAUAUAUAUUUUUUUAUGUAACCAUUAUUUAUAGUUUAGUAAGAUAAAAUCAGUUUUGCAAGAGAGACCUGUACAAUUUGUACAAGCUUAUAGCUUGAAUAAAAAGCCUACAGCCAUUACAGCACCCCAGAUCAGAGGGUAGAUUUGAAGUGGCAUGAUGGUUCUACUUUGCCUAGAGAGGUAACAAGUGUUUGUUGUGUUAUUUCCAGUUUGGGUCCAGAUGAGAUGGAGAUUCUCCUCCAGUUCAUGUAUGGUGCUAUAAUAGACCUGCCACCCAGAGCCAGUGCCAGGUAUGUGCCUUAAAACAUUUGAAUUUGUAUCCUAUUUUUUCCAAAGUUUCAGCACACGUCUUCCAACAUACUGUCAGUGCAUUCAGAAAGUAUUCAGACCCCUUCCCUUUUUUGACAUUUUGUUACUUUACAGCCUUAUUCUAAAAUUGAUUAAAUAUUAUUUUUCUCUCAUCAAUCUACACACAAUACCCCAUAAUGACAAAGUGAAAACAGUUUUUUUUGAGUUUUUUGCUAAUUUAUUAAAAAUAAAAAACAUACCUUAUUUACAUAAGUAUUCAGACCCUUUGCUAUGAGAAGACAAACUCUCUGAUAAUUGGCUGAUUACUCCCAACCCGUAGGAAUCCCCACGUAUUUGACUACUUUUAAAUGGUGGAAACCCUUAAUGUCUAUACCAAAAUUAGGUAUUUCCAUCUAGAGUCCUCUAUCUCUAUGAUUGACACUUGACACGGAAACGCCUGUUAUUUUGCCUAUAUAAUAUAGGUAACGUGAUAAUUUAAACAUCUAACAACAUCAUUAAUUAGAUGCAUAAAUUAUUGAUGCGAUCAACAUUGAACAUUUUACUGAGAACAAUACAGAUUAUAUUUCUCUAAAUUAAAUUGAAAGGUUUUGAAAAUCCGGUGAAAAAUAAUGUUUUUACUAUUUUGUUUAUUUGGCAUGAAAAUAACUUUUUUUUUUUUAUGAAUCUGUAAUCGAAGGUUAUUCAAAAAAUGUCAUUACUGUGCAUUGUUCUACCUUUUAUUGGAAUUUGUUCCACUAUGUUUCAAUAGUGAUACAUUUAGUGGGGUGGUAAAGAAUUUAGUUAAAUAUUCAAUACAAUCAAAGUGUGUAAGAAGUAUACAGGGCAUUCGGAAAGGAUUCAGACACCUUGACUUUUUCCACAUUUUGUUACGUUACAGCCUUAUUCUAAAAUUGAUUAAAUCGUUUUUUCCCCCUCAUCAAUCUACACACAUAAUGACAAAGCAAAAGCAGGUUUUUCUACAUUUUUGAAAAUAUCACAUUUACAGAAGUAUUCAGACCCUUUACUCAGUUUGUUCAAGCACCUUUGGCAGCGAUUACAGUCUCAAGUCUUCUUUAGUAUGACUCUACAAGCUUGGCACACCUGUAUUUGGGGAGUUUCUCCCAUUCUUCUCUGCAGAUCCACUCAAGCUCUGUCAGGUUGGAUGGGGAGCGUCGCUGCACAGCUAUUUUCAGUUCUCUCCAGAGAUGUUCGUUCGGGUUCAAGUCCGGGCUCUGGCUGGGCCACUCAAGGACAUUAAGAGACUUGUCCCAAAGCCACUCCUGCAUUGUCUUGGCUGUGUGCUUAGGGUCGUUGUCCUGUUGGAAGGUGAUCCUUCGCCCCCAGUCGGAGGUCCUGAGCGCUCUGGAGCAGGUUUUCGUCAAGGAUCUCUCUGUACUUUGCUCCGUUCAUCUUUCCCUCCAUCCUGACUAGUCUCCCAGUCCCUGCCGCUGAAACACAUCCCCACAGCAUGAUGCUGCCACCACAAUGCUUCACCGUAGGGAUGGUGCAAGGUUUCCUCCAGAUGUGACGCUUGGCAUUCAGGCCAAAGUGUUCAAUCUUGGUUUCAUCAGACCAGAGAAUCUUGUUUCUCAUGGUCUGAGAGUCCUUUAGGUGCCUUUUGGCAAACGCCAAGCGGGCUGUCGUGUGCUUUUUACUGAGGAGUGGCUUCCGUCUGGCCACUCUACCAUAAACGCCUGAUUGGUGGAGUGCUGCAGAGAUGGUUGACCUUCUAGAAGGUUCUCCCAUCUCCACAGAGGAACUCUAGAGCUCUGUCACAGUGACCAUCGGGUUCUUGGUCACCUCCCAUACCAAGGCCCUUCUCCCCCGAUUGCUCAGUUUGGCCAGGCAGCCAGCUCUAGGAAGAGUCUUGGUGGUUCCAAACUUCUUCCAUUUAAGAAUGAUGGUGGCCACUGUGUUCUUGGGGACCUUCAAUGCUGUAGACAUUUUUUGGUACCCUUCCCUAGAUGUGGGACCUUAUAUAGACAGGUGUGUGCCUUUCCAAAUCAUGUCCAAUCAAUUGAAUUUACCACAGGUGGACUCCAAUCAAGUUGUAGAAACAUCUCAAGGGUGAUCAAUGGAAACAGGAUGCACCUGUAAAUGUAAUGUAAAUGUAAUUUUGAGUCUUAUAGCAAAGGGUCUGAAUACUUAUGUAAAUAAGGUAUUUCUGUUUAACAUUUUAAAUAAAUAAUCGAGCACACAGCCAUGCAAUCUCCAUAGACAAACAUUGGCAGUAGAAUGGCCCGUACUGAAGAGCUCAGUGACUUUCAACGAGGCACCGUCAUAGGAUGCCACCUUUCCAAGAAGUCAUUUCGUCAAAUUUCUGCCCUUGGUAGCAGGAAUAUAUAAAUACUUAUGGUAAUAUACUAAUGUACAUGUAAACAGGAGUAAUAGUGACUAGUAGCAGGAUAAAUAGAUAGAUACUAAUGGUAAUGGCAAUCAAUAAUCAAUGAACUGCAGCGUAAUGAUAGAAAUAAAUCUAAUCAAUAAUCAUUUUAACUGCAGCAACCCAACCUCACCCUGCCCUCUCUCUGUUAGAACCACAACAACACUUCACCCAGCCAUCUCUCCUGUCUCCCAGUCAGAAGCACAACCCAACCUCACCCUGCCCUCUCUCCCAGUUAGAACCACAACCCAACCUCACACAGCCCUCUCUCCCAGUCAGAACCACAACACCACCUCACACAGCUUUCUCUCCCAGUCAGAACCACAACACCACCUCACCUGUCCUUCUCCCCGCUCUCUACUCUCCCAGUCAGGUGGUGUUGGCAGCAGACAUGUUGGGUCUGGAGGGACUGAAGGACGUGGUGGAGAUGGUGCUGACCAGAGACUACUGCCGCUUCUUCCCCAAGGUAGGUUACUGAAUAUGAGGGAAAACGUCUGUCGUGUUGGUUUGGCAGGCCGAUUUGGCCGAUUUGACUGGCUUGUUUUUGUCUUAAUGUCUUACAGCAGUAUUGUGUGAUGCACCAAACACACACACACACACAAAAAAUAGUAAUACGGCACCCCUGGAGCAAAUUAGGGUUAAGUGCCUUGCUCAAAGACACCGACAGAUUUGUUCAGUUACUGGCCCAACGCUCUAACCGCUUGGCUACCUGCCGCCCACACACACACACACACACACACACACACACACACACACACAAUAACAGUUUUUUCUUUCUAUUUUUACAUGGCUCUCUUGUGGAGUGUUUUUGCUCUUCCUACCAUUGCAGUGCUUCUCUGAUCUGCCCUAGCUUGGUCCCAGAUCUGUUUAUGCUCUCUUGCCAACUUCAUAGGAGUUGCCUAUACAGCUAAAACAGAUCUGGGACCUAGAUCAGUGCUAUAUCUUCAGAGAGAUCCCUGUAGUGUCAUACCAGUCUGCGUCAGGAGGAAAGCCAUCGGUAUGAACAGAUUUAGCUGCUCAAAACAAAAGACAGAACAGCCUUCUGUGCUGUUUUGGUACCUUGGCUGCCUGUCUGGUCUGUUUUGUACUUUGCGGGCAUCCCUGCACCCUUAAAACAAUGUCCCGCUGUGUUCCGGUUCUCUGAACAGCCUCUGUUUCAUCACUCCUACCUCAUCAUGUGCCAGAUACAGUUCAUAUGGCGUGUUCUGUUCUGCCCCCUGCGACAGGCAGCUUCGCUUCACCCCGCAGCAGGCACAGAGAGAACUCUCCUUUUAUCUAUUUUCACUCCAAUUACAAAACAAUAUUCCUGUGACCAGUGUAAGAAAUUACUAAUCUGUGUGUCAACUGCAAACAGUAUAAAGAUGUUUUUUAAACUAGUUUAAUAAGGCUUUUAUUCAAGAUCCUUUACUUGCAAGUACCCUAUAAUGUCCAGUUGAAAAGACGGUCUAUCAUUAAAAGUCCUGCCACUUAGACAUGUUUGUUAUCUCCUCUUUUAUUCUAACUGCAGCCUAUAGAUGGGGUUCAGAAAACCGUCCUUGAGUGCCUCUCCCUCACCCAUACCCUUGGUCUCCAGAGCCUCCACAGUUUGUGUAUGAGGUGAGUGUGUAUAGAGCAUUUUAGAGUUUAUUUCUAUGGGACAUUACAUUUUAGUAAGGACUGUUUGGGGUUUGUUCUCAGUUUGACAGAUUUUAUCGACAUGGUUGGGGUCAAUUCCAUUGCAAUUCAGUCACUUCAGGAAGUAAACUGAAUGGAAAACUAAUGGAAUUGACCCCAAGCCUGUUUAUCACCUUCAACAUUCUAUGUAGUUGUGUAAGAAGGGUUUGCCUUAAUCUGCAUCAUCCAGAGCACAAUAGAUGUGAGGAUGGAGGAAUGUGUAAGUGUUACUCAACAGGGUCAACAUAAGGUCACCAUGUUGCCCUAUGUUAUGUAGGUCACUAGCUAUGUAAUAGCUGUCCAAAAGUCUCUGAGAACGUAACUUAAAUUGCACUAAUACCAGAAACAGAGUCACCCCACUGGCAGUGGUAUGAAUAGCUAUGGCCUUGAUAGUGUUUCAAUCUGGUCAUUCAGGGCUAACUCUAACUUCACCAUCUGUGUGUGGAUUCCAUCUGGCAGUAAGAUACAAACAUAACAAAACAACUAAAACGUGGUGCGUGGGCCGGGCUGUGCUGCCUGCCUUCUGCUCCGCUGAGGGGAAGCUUUUGAUGAGUCGUGUGUGUGUGUGUGUGUUAGGGGUGUGACGCUUUAAACGAAUUUGGGAGCGUUAGCGUUUUUAAAAAAAUCCCUAACUGAAUCUCUUUAUUUUAUUUUUUUUAAAUCACAGCGCAGCUAUCACAAAACAACCAUUAAUAGGUCCCAAUCAUCAACAAAAAGGCCAAACUGUCAUACACGUUGAUCCAGAGCAUCCCAAACAUGCUCAAUGGGUGACGUAUCUGGUGAAUAUGCAGGCCAUGGAAGAACUGGGACAUUUUCAGCUUCCAGGAAUUGUGUACAGAUCCUUGCAACAUGGGGCUGUGCAUUAUAAUGUUCAAACAUGAGAUGAUGGCGGCGGAUGAAUGUCACGACAAUGGGACUCAGGAUCUCGUCACGGUAUAAAGCGCUCCGCACGUCAUCGUUGUUAAGUUGGAAAAAGGGCUGAGUAAGACUUGGAAGCGAUAGCAGCUAAGUCCUGUAUGGCAAUACUUUGAGAAGUUAAAUAAGAACGUGAUGGAAUGCACAUUUUGCGAGGUGGAAUUGAGCUAAAGUGGCAGUACAGGUGCAAUGCAAAAAAAGCGGCACUGUGAAACCCAAACCAUUGCUGGCAGCAGUGCGAUAAGGGACAGAGGUGAGAGAACCACAGCGCUGAUUACAGAAAUGGUUGCAGUUGGCAUGCAGCUAUUGCCAAUGGUAUAGGAUGUCGGCUUCAAUGCUCUGAUGGCAUAUCUAGAACCAGACUACAAGAUGCCAUGUCAAAAAAACUGUGACGGCCCGGAUGGAGAAAUUGUACAAAACCAUACGUGGCAUUAACAACAGAUUGUUGGAUGUCUAUAAACAUGUGGACAUGCAUCACUGCAACGAGCCAUCACAUUGAUGAGAAGUGGAACAUGAAGUACGUACAGACAACAGAGAACAUGGAGGAGAAGCACACAACAGAGAACCUAAAACGCCAUUAAUACUAUUGUUGCUGAGUGGGUGGGGAACAGCAGUAAGGUGAGUGCUGUCUGUUAGGGUAUCCACAAGUUAUCACAGCCACAAAGUCAAAAUUGGCUAUGUUGUAAAAUUUCAUGAAAACAAACAUAAUCUUUUUGGUCUUAAUUUAAGGUUGGCAUAAGGUUAGCAGUGUAGUUAAGGUUAUGGUUAUUGUUAGGGUUAGUAAGAGUGUCUGCUAAAUUACUAAAAUGUAAAUGUAAAUAGGCUAGCUUUAUGACUUUGUGGCUGUAGUAACUAGUGACGACCGGUAGGUACGUAGCCAGGACUGCGGUAGAUUGAACUGCAUUGCCCCCUAGCAGUCAUAUGCAGAACCAUAUCUGGGUUGUGAAUUCAUGUCAUUUUAUGAUUUAAAAAAAAUAGCAGAUCCCUUGAGUGUGUGAUAGUAAUGCGAGCUGAACUGAGCUUACAGCCCAGUGGUGCUGCGAUUUGCAUCCCUCAGGCCUCGGGAGCUAGCCAACCAUCUCUGGCCACAGUACCCUGAGGGCCUCGGGCUGGGACUGAGAAAAUGGGACUGAGCAGCUGAGAUGGCACAUCAUUCCGUUUCACUCCAUUUUAGCAACGACAGUGGAUCUCAUCACUUCUCUCAGUGCCACUGCCUUAACUAAAAGUUGUUUCCUAGUGUGCGUCUCAAAUGGCACUCUAUUCCCGAUAGUGCACUACUAUGGGCCCUGUUCAAAAGAAGUGCACUAUAAAGGGAAUAGGAUGCAGCCAUACAAUGCCGGGGAAUUUGGGGCAGCAGGAUUUGAUAUGUAAUUGGGAGCUGUGCCAUGUCUUUGGACACUUCUGGCUGCAGUUCCUUCCUAGCACCAGGACCAGUGAGGUUAAUGAAUGUGGCUGAGUCCCAAAUGGCAUUCGAUUUGCUAUAUAGUGCACUAUGGGCUCUGGUUCAAAAGUAGUGCACUAUAGGGAAUAACGUGCCAUUUGGGACUCUGCCUGUGUCUUGUAUAGAGUUUGGCAGCUGUGUAAGUGGUUUGGGUCACGGACCUGACCUGUUUUACUGAUGUAAAUCACAUGCUCUCUCACUGAGUCCCACAGUCUCAUUAAUCCCCAGUCACUCAGACCUUCAGCACACAGUCACACACUGAACGUCAUCACACACAGUGCACAGUCAUGCUGAGCCUUGCUGGAUACUCAGUGGAUGGUUACUGUAUAUCAAUGGUUUAGCGAGUGCCUAGGCUUGGUCUUGUGGUUAGGGCAGCUGCUCACAGCACAUGGACAAUCCCCUGCCUGUGUGGGAUCAAAUCCCUGCCCCACCCAACUCAAUAUUUUCUCUCCUUCGUUCAUACCUGUCUCUAUAAAAACACAAUUUAAAAGGUGCUUAACAAGCAAUAAGUCUGCAGCAGUGGAAUGUGUACUGAAGUGACAUGCUCUCUAACACUCGUUUGUACUGUGUGUUUCAGGUGGGUGGCUGAGCACUAUGUGAAGAGCUGGUCAGAGAGAAACUUUGCCCUGUUGCCUUGUGAGGUCCAGAGAGCCUGUCUAAAUGCUGUGACUGGAGCCAUGGUGGGUUUCACACAUGUACACACACACACACACACACACCAACUUCCUCAACUCAAUUUUCAUGAUGUUUCCCCACUGGAAGUCAAUCCAAACAUAAUCAGCUGAGCGGGAUCAUCUUUAUUAAAUAACAGUCCUUUAUGGCAGGCGUGUUCAGGAGGGCAGUAUGGAUACAGACAGAUGUUGCAGGGUAAUCAGGUCUGGUAAUCGAGUGAGUGGCUCCAUCCCGAUUCCCGACCCUUCUCCCGAAAUGUGUACUUGCACACAUGGAUUUAAAAGCAUUGGAUUUGUCUAGUUUUGGCUGGAGGGAGUUUCCACCAUUGUUAAGUCCAUGACAGGGAGUGUGCAAGUGCACAAAAGGGUAGAGAAUUGGAACACAGCCAGUGUCUUUCCCUCCUGCUGUCUAGCUGCCUCCCCUGGGUACACCACUCUGGAGCUAAGCCUCCUACUACCACUGCUGUUCAGGAGGGCCUGCCUGCUGCCAAAAUGUGUUGCAUAAUUUGGGUUUCCCCCUGCAUCGAUAGCCAAGUGCAGGGUCGGAAGGAACAGCAGUGGUGUACACAGUCCAUUUGAUCAAAUAUGUAAAUGUCUUGACAACUGUUAGACUGUAAACAUGUUUUAUUGUCCAUAAUAUAAUUAUGAAGCUGAAUCGUGAAUUCUGAAUGACGAGUUAGUGUUUCACGAACUAUGUUGUAUGUGUUGAGAAAUGGCUCUACAAAAACAGGUCACAUAAGAGCCGUAAUAACUUAUUCCACAGACUGUGAAUGAUGAUUUAUGAGGUAGUUGGUGAAACCCUUUGUAUGUGUGUAUGUGGUUGUAUGUGUUGUGAGAAAGAGAAGUACUGAGUAAGAAAAAGGGCUCUAAAAUAUGAGAUCAUAUGAGCUGUAACAAACAUUAUUUCCGAGACUGUGUGGUUGUUAGGGGGAAGGUGCAUGCUUACUUCCCACCUGCUUGCAACCCUCCCGCUUACAGCUCGCUGCUGCUGGCUAGCCCUUGUGGUAAACCGGGAAGCAGCUCUGUGCGUAAGCCUUCUCUUGCCAGUACACAGCCUCUCCUUCACCAAGACACCUGCCAGGCCUCCUCGUGGCAACGCACAGUAACUGGGUGUCUCUGCAGCUCCAGGCUAACUCGGCAGGGGAUCUCAGAGCUGCCGUGAUCCCCAGAGGUGCGGUGUGCAGGCCCAUGUUAUCUGGACACGCCCUGGCAUCGGCCAACCACUGUCCCGCUGCCUGUGGGUAAGUCUGGCAAAGGCUAGGGGAGCUCACCCUGAGAGAAAAGCAUCAUGCUGGCGGCGCACGACAGGCAGUCCUCCAUAAAACUGGAGCUCUGGUAGCCUCCUGCAACUGUGAAAGGGUUUCCCCCUUGCCAUUGGAUUCCACCCUCUGACAUUGAAGAAGUGCUUUUGGGACAUGCGCACCCCCGUCGGCACUCUAACCUCUCUGCACAAGUAUCCACCUCUGCCUUGCUGGGGGUGUGUGUGUGUGUGUGUGUUGUGAGGUAGAGAGAAAGAGCUGUAAUAAAAAUAGUUCCCCAGAGUAAUGUUCCAUCCAGACUGUACAGAGCGCCGUGAUCCUGCUGGGUGUGUUGUGAUGUGAAGGAGAGAAAUACAGAAGUCUCUCAAAUAAGACAUAACAGUUCAUAAUCGUGUUCUAUCCAGACUGUACAGAACACGGUGACUCUGCUGUGUGGCAGUGAGCAGUUGCUGGGCAGUCUCCCGGAGGUCAAGUGGGCUAAACAGACAGUGGUGCUGGUUACAGAGCUGCAGGACCAGUGUCUGUCUGCCAUUGUCACACACCUGGCCCAGGUCACACACACGCAGGCCUUCCACAGCCUACAACGGGUAAGGGAAGAAACACGCAUGACAGAGACGGGACAUGUGAUGGAUACACACACCUACACACAACACACACACACACACACAGAGACGCACAGCCAAUUAUAAACGGAUUUAUUUGAUCAGUUGUAGAUGGUCCAUUUUUACUUAAUAAAUGAGGCUAAUGUUAUGCAUAACUUCAUAGUAAACAUCCUGCUGGAUGCUGAGGCAGUACUAGAUGUUCUAGAUGCAGAGUCACAGUCCAAGAGGUUUGCACUUGUAUCAUUGGUGUCUGCAUACAUAAUAUAAAUGUUCUAUUUCAUUCUGUGGGUGUCUGUCCUCAAUGUGCCAACUCACUGUGUCUGACUCUGCCCUGAUUGGAAUACACAUUACACUCCCAAUCAUUCCACCCUGUUAUCACAGACACAGAGCUAUACAGCUGUGUUGGCGACGAGUUUCCUAAAGGAUUAUCCUCAUCAGCCUCUGAAAUUAGUCUGAUUUAGUUCAUGUAUUGGCAUGGGAGUCUGAGAUGUAAUUAUAAUCCAUCCUAAUGUGUUUGAGCUGUGUAGUGGUCAGUGUACUACAGCGUAGUAAUUGUUCUGUACUACAGUGAAAUAACCAUUUGGUUGUAGCAAGGGGUUUCUCAGGGUCUUUUGUGGGGGUUUUCAGAUUCAUCCAUCUUGGGUUUCUCAACCUCCCUUUCACAUACAUUUUGUAAUAUUUUAUAUGCUGUACUUUUUACUGUGUGCUAGAAAAUCAAAUCAAAUGUGUGUUUGUUUUUAGAGAGAGGAGUCGACGCGGGAGCCGGCCCUGUUGAAGAAGCUUUGUUCAGCCAUUCGGGACGGGGUCACGGUAGAUAACUGUUGUGACCUGUUCACUGCUGUGGAUCACCUGGCUGGGGAGGAAGACAUGGAAGGAGAGACCACACUGGAGGAGGGGGGUCAGAGGGAGGAGGUGAAUACAAGUACUCACAUUCACUCACUCAGUCCCCCAUACCAAAAUCAAGUUAUUCUGAUUUUGCCUUUUUUAUUAUUUGAUGACAAAGCAUGACAAGGGUUUUCUUCCAUUUUAAAGGAUAAUGGUGAAAUGACACAGAAAACAGAAAGAGCUGUGAAGGGUGAACAUUAAAACAUUCCCUGCUAUGCUCUCUGCCUCUCUCUUCCCUCUUUCACACACACAUUGGGUAAAAGGUAAUGAUUCACAGUUCCAGAGCCCCAUUAUUCCUGUGUAAUUACUCCCAGGGUAGUGUGACACAGCUGAAGGCUGCAGGCUAUAGAGGCCUGGCUGGGUUAGAGCUGCAGGCAGGGUUAGGCUGGCUGGGUUAAGUCACGCGUCCUUACGCAGAAUAUGGCAGGAUGGAUUAGAGUUGGAAAGAGGGAGGGAAAGCAUGAUGAGACAUGGGAGUGGCCUUCUCUAAUCUGCCUUUGUGUUGUGGCCAGUAGUCAGAGGGCGUGAGAGCCAGGAAGGGAGAGAGGGUGGGUGUGUAAGACAGGGGAGUGUGUGUGUGUGAGGGAGGGAGGGAGGGAGAGAGAGAGAGAGAGAGAGGACUGAAGGGAGGGAGGGUUUGUGCGCGAGAGGAAGCUUCUCCUCACCCCACAGGAAGAGGAGGCGGGAGCACGGCAGCAGCCUCAGCUGAUGACAUCAUCCAUUUAGCUCAAGGGAGCUCAAGUGGAUUCUGCAAGAAGGAGAGAGGGGGGUGAUUGUUACCAUGGUGAUGGGUACUUUAAGCAGCUGCUGAUUCGCUCGUGCUCUCUCUCUUUUCCCCCUCCCUCUCUUCCUCCUCCUCCCUCCCCUCUCUCCUUUCCUCUCUCAACCAGCCGUUCAGGCGAGAGGUUGGUGCGCUGCGCGCUAGGCUGUGGACCUUCCUGCUCCAGUCAUUCUACGCCGUCCGCCACACGCGGGGAUGGGAGACCCUGCCCUCCAAGCACAGAGAGAGGAUACUGGCAGGUAGGAGAAGGGAAAACGGACAUAUUUAAUCUAUGAGGCUUUAGCUGUAGCUGGGAGGAGAUCUGAUCUGUCCCUCACUGCAUAGGAGAGCCAGAGCUCUCUUCCUCUCAGCUCAGAUGGGAUAUUAUGCAGGCUGCAGGGUGUGUUUGUUUGUUAUAUUCAACCCAACAACAUAGUGAUGGUAGCCUGGUCCCAGAUCUGUUUAGUCUGUUUGAUCUCGUUUGGCGUGACAAUGACCAUAGGAGAUGGUCAGAGACAGCACAAACAGACCUGGAACCAGGCUUCAGUGAUAAAGCACAGGGUCUGUCUCUGUAUCGUUAGAGAGGAAGGAACCAAAGCCCCUGAAGCAUAUGUUACUGCUGUUGCCGCUGCCUCUGGGUAACAUCACACAAUUAAUGGUGGCUUUCAGCACAGCUGCAGAACAGAACAGAGCACACACAGCCACGACCUGGAGGUCCAGCUAUUGUUUGAGCGAGGAGGGGGCCGCCUCGGUCUCUCUCACUCCAUUUUCAGCCAAUCUUAAUCAAGGCUAACAUGCUAACUGCAUCAUACUCUGCAUGUUCUGUUCUGUAUUGUAAAAAAGGGGUGGGGGUGGAUCGUUGAAUUCCUCUCUCUUUGUGGAUUUUACACAUAAAUAGAUGCAUUCUCUGAGAAACUAAUAAGGUACUGCUUUGUUUUGACUGUUUAGCUUUGUGAUCCAUUGAAAUGCAUUGCAUUAAUUAUUUAUUGGACUUAGUUUUAGAAUUCCACUGACAUUCCAUACUGAUGGAAUCUCCCUCUCUGUCUCUCACAUAGACACACUAGUUUACACACGCAUGCACAUACACACAGCAAGGCACAUAGAAUAUGCAUAUGCAUACCCGGUAGUUGCAUACAGUAAUGUAGUCACACACGUCACAUCAUACACACCCACCACAGACAUACACACACUUGGCUACAUUCCAGUGCAGCAGUUUGGUCUUGAUUUGGAGCAUCUCUGGGGAAAUGGAAGGAUAAGCUGUACGAAUUGUUUCACCCACUGUAUCUCAUUUAAAUAAAAAUCAGGAAGGUGGAAUAGCCACGUUGCAGUAUCAGUCUCUUCAAUGGACACGUCUUGGAUUUGAUAUUUCAGGGACAUUGGUAUAUUUCACAUGGAAAAUAUCCAUCAUCAAAUUGUAUGCUCUUUGUGUCGAGAAUGCAAAGACACAACCAUGUCAAUGCACCUCAAAAUAUGUUUGUGGUGACGUGUUUUAUGAAUGAGUAUGGUACCUUGAAGGUUUUUGAAUGUAAUGGUAAUUUAAACAUGUUUUUAAAUAUCUGAACUAUGUAUUUUCCUCUCCUAUAGCUGCUCUUGAUAAAGGAGACAGUAGAAGACUUGGGAAAAAGCCUGUUUUUACCAGCUCACAGGUAAUGUAUGAUAAAAGCUUAUUUAUUCUUUCAUUUAAAAGCAAUUGUUUUAUUCCUCUUUUGUAUUGUUACAUCACUUAGUUGGGUGAUAUGAACCCAUCUAUAACACGGAGAAUCCUGUGUAAUGAUUAUGAUAUGUGGUUGUGAUACCUACUUUAGUUGAAUGCACAAAUUAUACUCUGGAUAAGAGCAUCUACAGUAUGUGCUAAAUGACUAAAAUGUGAAUGUAAUGGUGUGAUUAUGAUCUAGGAGGGUGGAUUUUGGCUUUUAAAAAACCUGUAAUCACUGCACACGUCACAGAGAUGUGAAUGGUGGAAACCCUAGAGCCAGCCUCUCACACACACACACACACACACUGAAGGCGACACGGUGAGAGGAGGGUCGCCCAUGUGUGUGACGUGAGUGGCUGAGAGGGGCCCCGCCAACAGCAACCUGACAGAUAUUGACAGGAAGUGCUGUGAUGCGGAGCAGGCGCCUGGAAGGAAGUUUCUCUCCGCCUGUCUGUGUCCCAAAUGGCACCCUAUUUCCUAUAUAGUGCACUACUUUGGUCCAAAGUAGUGCACUAUAUAGGAAAUAGGGUGCCGUUUGGGAUGCUGUACAGCUGUCGCUCUGCUCUGCUGACCCCAACACACGGCUGCUGACGGCUGUCAUUUCAUAAUUGACACAGAAAGCAAUUACCUUUCAGCCCCUCAGAGUGAUAAAUACAUAGACCUUGUGUCUUCUCAGACUGAUUAACAGUAACACAAGGCAGAGAGAACCUGGAAGGAUGUGAUGAGGGCCGGGGUUGCUUUUGUUUUACAAGCCUGACUAUACUGUACAGCUCAGUAGCUUGCAGGCAUCCUCACCAGUAUUAUUCAAUUCUAUUAAAUGUAAUUUCAUUUGAGUAAUUUAGCAGAAGCUCUUAUCGCGAUCAACUUAGUCAUUCAGUCCAUUGAUUCAACUAAUGUAGGUUAACAACAACCUAUCACGAUCAUUACAAGUAAAACCUUAGCCGGGAUCUGCAAAAUCUGUGCUAAUCAGUUUCUAGAUUGCAUGUUAAUUCCAUGUUAGGUCGGACUUCCUUCUUCCCGGUCUUUAGCUGUUAAAUCGAGUCCGUAGACGACUACGCCAUUAUUUUAAAUGAUGUUGUGUGAUCUGAACUUUUCCAUUCAAACAACUCUCUUCUAUUUUUAGCAACCAAGGGGUGUAAGAUGCGCCUCAGGUCCUGCAGCUCCGUGUGAGAGCCCUCCUGUCCACAGGACCAAUCGGGUCGUCAGGAACACAGGAACAGGAAGUUGCAUUACGGCUGCAUCAUCAGCCACCAUGAAGUCGGACGGGCUGGGGACGCCAGUCCUCCCAGCCACCUCAGAGAGAGGGACUAACGCUACCAAGCCUGGAGACAGUGACCCAUCCAGGGCAAAGAACGGCAAGACCAAGCAGCCAGGUGACCACCGGAGCACCACGGCUAAAGCCAAGACUACAAUCUCCACCACAGCCAAACCAGUGCUCAACGGUACGGCUGGCCCAGGGGCGGCUAGGAAGGAAGUAGCCACUGCUAACGGAUCCAGGGGCUCCCCAACGGGGGGUAAAGGGGCUAAGGACCAGGACAGGAGGCCUAACCCCGGAGCCAGGCCCAAGAUCUCUCCUCCAGGCACCACCUCCACAGCUCAGGCUAGGCCAGGGAAGCUGCAGAAGAGUACAGCAGGGAAGGGUGACUAUUUUCAGAGGGCAGACAGCAGCACAGCCCACCCUGCCACCACCACCCCCUCCACAUCAGGCAGCGCCUCCCCUGACAACAGCUCCGGAAGCCCACGCAACAGCCACGUCAUCCCAGGUCUGGUCUAACAUUCAACGUUAUUAACUUGCUUCCCAGUGGGCAAAACUGGUUGAAAAUACGUCAUAAUGACAUUGUAAUGACGUUCAAGUUGUUUUGCCAGCUGGGUAACUGUAAUUUCCAGGUCUAACAUCCAAUGUUAUUAACUUGCCUCCCAGCUGGGAAAUGGUUGAAAAGACAUCAUGAUGAUUUUGUAAUUACGUUUUAAUGACGUUGUGAUAAAGUCAUUCUAACCAGUUUUGCCAGCUGGGUUAAUUCACUCAUUCUUGUUCUUAUGAUGACAAUAAUUCUAUUUUAUGGCAGGAAGUUAGAGUAUCUGAAAAAUUAGCUUGACGCAGCAAGUUUUGUGGAGAAUAAGUAGCAGACUGAUUUACAUGAGUUAUGCUUUAGCCCUGAGGGGUUCUAGGGAGACGGAAGGGAAUACAUUGAAGUAGGAACACAUUAUAUACAGUAGUGGUGUGCAUGAAUAGGAAUCAAAAAGCACUCCUUUCUUUCAUGCAUAUUAAUCAGUUCAAUGUAGCACCACAGAAAUAAAUAUCCCUAUGGGUACCACAGCCUGGUUGGCAACAGACACCCCAAAAAGCCGCAGAGCUGAAGGUCAAAACCACAUAGCUCACACACAGGGGUGUGACCAAUUAUCCUAGCUCCCGUGGUGACUGUGUAUGCUCGUUUGGAGAAGGAGGGGAGUUGUGUGGCGUGUAGACUGAUAACAACGCCCUCUGUCUGUCUGGGGAACUGGGCCUCAGCCGGCCUGUCUCUCCUUUUCAUACAAAAGAGAAGAAGAGAGAGUCAGAGUGCCAUAUGCUCUCCCUCCCCAUCUCUCUAUCCAAACCAGUCAUCCCUAUCCAUCUACGCUACUCCAGCUCUAUCCGUUUUAUUGGCCCUGAUUGUGCAUUAUUUUGGCUCUGAUGUACAGGACUAUUAUCAGCUCCUAGCCUCUAGCUCGCACAAUAUUAAUAAAAAAACACUAAUUGUUUGUCAGAUAUUGACAUCCCUGUUAGCUCUCCCUAAAAUGGAAUCAUCGGUGUACUUUGUUUGAGAAUUUUUUUUAGAUUUUCCCCUCAAAACAAUGUAUUUUUAUUGUUGCACUCUUCUUCCCCUCUAAGCUGUAUAGCUAAAUAAAUCAUAUUCCUCCUCUUAAUCCCCUCAUUUUAAGUGAGCAGUUUUCAUUUUCCAACAAUAAAUAUCAGUGUUUUGGUUCAAGGUUAAAGCACGCUCUAACAAUCCUGUGUUUUAGGUCUUAAGCCAAAAACACAGGCUAAAGUUCUGACCAAAUCUCCACUGACGAAAACAGACACUGCAAAGACAAACAGGUAAGCAUCAUUGCACCCACAAUCAGAAUCUCCUACUUAGAUAGAUAGAAGACCAUCCCUGGGAAAUGGUAGAAAAAACUCUGCUGCCCCCCACUGUUAUAUAUUGGUAGUUGCUAGUCCAUUCAGAGACGGAUGAAACAACAGUGCUUGGUUAUGCUAAGGUCUUAUGAGGUUUGAGCUUCCGUCCCUUAAUGUUAUCAAACCCUGUGAUAUUGUAUCCAUAAUGUAUUGAUCGUUUGUUGUUAUUGUCCUAAAUUACAAUAUAUACAGUACCAGUCCAAAGUUUGGACACGCCUACUCAAUCAAGGGUUUUCUUUAUUUUUACUAUUUUUUACAUUGUAGAAUAAUAGUGAAGACAUCAAAACUAUUAAAUAACACAUAUGGAAUCAUGUAGUAACCAAAAAAGUUUUAAACAAAUCAAAAUAUAUUUUAUAUUUGAGAUUCUUCAAAUAGCCUUGAUGGCAGCUUUGCACACGCUUGGCAUUCUCUCAACCAGCUUCAUGAGGUAGUCACCUGGAAUGCAUUUCAAUUAACAGGUGUGCUUUCUUAAAAGUUCAUUUGUGGAAUUUAUUUCCUUCUUAAGGCCUUUGAGCCAAUCAGUUGUGUUGUGACAAGGUAGGGGGGGUAUACAGAAGAUAGCCCUAUUUCGUAAAAGACCAAGUCCAAAUUAUGGCAAGAACAGCUAAAAUAAACAAAGAGAAAUGACAGUCCAUCAUUACUUUAAGACAUGAAGGUCAGUUCAUACGUUUCUUCAAGUGCAGUCGCAAAAACCAUCAAGCGCUAUGAUGAAACUGGCUCUCGUGAGGACCGCCACAGGAAUGUAAGACCCAGAGUUACCUCUGCUGCAGAUGAUAAGUUCAUUAGAGUUACCAGUUUCAGAAAUUGCAGCCCAAAUAAAUGCUUCACAGAGUUCAAGUCACAGACGCAUCUCAACAUCAACUGUUCAGAGGGGACUGUGUGAAUCAGGCCUUCAUGGUCGAAUUGCUGCAAAGAAACCACUACUAAAGGACACCAAUAAUAAGAAGAGACCUGCUUGAGCCAAGACACACGAGCAAUGGACAUUAGACCGGUGGAAAUGUGUCCUUUGGUCUGGAGUCCAAAUUUGAGAUUUUUGGUUCCAACCGCCUUGUCUUUAUGAGACGCGGUGUGGGUGAAUGGAUGAUCUCCGCAUGUGUAGUUCCCACUGUAAAGCAUGGAGGAGGAGGUGUUAUGGUGUGGGUGUGCUUUUCUGGUGACACUGUCUAUGAUUUAUUUAGAAUUCAAGGCACACUUAACCAGAAUGGCUACCACAGCAUUCUGCAGCGAUACACCAUCCCAUCUGGUUUGGGCUUAGUGGGACUUUGUUUUUCAACAGUACAAUGACCCAACACACCUCCAGGCUGUGUAAGGGCUAUUUGACCAAGAAGGAGAGUGAUGGAGUGCUGCAUCAGAUGACCUGGCCUCCACAAUCCCCCGACCUCAACCCAAUUGGGAUGGUUUGGGAUGAGUCGGACCGCAGAGUGAAGGAAAAGCAGCCAACAAGUGCUCAGCAUAUGUGGGUAGUCCUUCAAGACUGUUGGAAAACCAUUCCAUGUGAAGCUGGUUUAGAGAAAGCCAAGAGUGUGCAAAGCUGCCAUCAAUGCAAAGGGUGGCUAUUUGAAGAAUCUCAAAUAUAAAAUAUAUUUUGAUUUGUUAAACACUUUUUUGGUUACUACAUGAGUGUUAUUUCAUAGUUGUGACGUCUUCACUAUUAUUCUACAAUGUAGAAAACAGUAAAAAUAAAGAAAAACCCUUGAAUGAGUAGGUGUGUCCAAACUUUUGACUGGUACUGUAUAUUUUUACAAUUACUUUUACAUUUUCUACUCUCUGGGGCUGUGUAUCCUUUUGAUUUGAUUGUCUUUUUAAUCUCCCUUAUCAGCCUAACCAAUAAGCCCAGCGCUAGAGAGGCCAAUAAAGCCAAGCUUCACGCUGUAGGAAGAACAACGACUAGAGGAACAGGAGCCAGAGCAGACACAAAGGGAAGGAGCACACCAACAGGCUCUGCUGAGAACCAUGGUGCGCACGUGUUUGUGCCAAUACAAAUCCUAACAUCAUCUCACUGUGGGCCAAAUUAUUGAAAUAUUCUUCCCUCUUCUCUUAUGCAGUCUCUAGACCUGGGUCCUCCCUGAGUGCCAGAAAGCCUGCGUCUCCCAGGAAACAGGAUGAUAAGGAUGGUUCCAAAGCCUCAGCAGACAAAGCCGCCAGGAAGACCGCAAAACCCACCCCAGCUACCGCAGCCAAAUCUACUUCUAAACCAACAAAAGCCAGCUCUAGCUCCGCUCCUUCCAAACAGCCUCCGCUAGCAACGGCCAAACCUGGACCUAAGCAGAAAAGUACCUCGGAAUCUCCUACAGAGAAAGCCUCCCCAAUGUCAGCAGGGCCAGUUAAAAACUCUUACUCUGUCGUUUCUUCUAAAAAGGCUGCAGCUAAAGAGAAAGAAGGAUCUAAUGGUAAAACCUCCGUAGAGACCCAGCAGGCUAAUGGCACGGGUGCUGGAGCAGAGAGGGUCUCCUCCCAUUCAGAUCCCAGAGAGGCGGCCUCCGAGCCAGCAGCAGCAUCCACAGAGCAGACCCCGACUCAUAACGGCACACUACCAUCAGGCCCCAAGAGCCUCAGUGGAGGAGGGGACUCCCUCUCCUUACCCCUGAACACCAGCCCUAAGCAGAGUCCUCAGAAGUCUGCCAAACAACCAGGUAAACCUAACAGCACAGGAAGAGUCAGGGCUCUGUCCAGUCAGCCACCAGCAACCAACCACAUCUCUCAAGGGAACGCCCUUAUAAACGGAGAGCCUACUAAGCACACAGAGGGGACACACACAGGUAAACACACUCCUGGCUCAACCACAGAUCUUCCCCUGGACACCCCGACCUCAGGCAGCCUGGGCAGCACAGAUACCCCUCUGGAGGACUCGUGGAGCGGACUGCACCACCAGGUCAGCCCUGAGUCAGAGUCCGGCAGCGCCACCACCUCCUCAGACGACAUCAAGCCCCGCUCUGAGGACUACGACGCCGGGGGCUCGCAGGACGACGUGGACGACUGCUGCUCCAACGACCGCGGCGGAUCCAAGGGAGGCGGAACCAUGCGUUGCCAUGACUUCCUGGGCCGCAGUAGUAGUGACACGAGUACGCCUGAGGAGCUGAAGAUGCUGGACGGCGGGCUGCGGGUCGAGGUGAGGCUGAAGGGGCGCGAGGUAGAGACCACCAGCGAGGAGGAAGGGGUGAGGCGACGGCCACGCUCCUGGCUGAGCAGGGACAGAGACGAGGUCCCUUUUGAGGAGGAGGUAGAGAAAGUGGAGGCCAAUAUUACAGUGAAGCAGGUCCCCGACAGCCAGCUCUUCUCCUCCGAGGAGUCGGAGGAGUCUGAGGAAGAGGAGGAUGAGGACGAGAAGUCAGAGGUGGAGGUUCUUCCUUGUCAUCAUGCCCCUCCACCUCCCAAUGACCCAUCCCCACAGUACCAGGGCAUUAUCAACCUGGCCUUUGAGGAUGGAGCUGACCCUGACCAGGACAACGAGCAGCAGCAGCCGGACUACCAGUCAGCCGCUAACUUCCGCCGCUCUGUUCUGAUCUCUGUGGACGAGUGUGAGGAGCUGGGAUCAGAGGAGGGCGGGGCGCAGACUCCACCCCAGCAACAGCCUGACGACCCCCUCACGCCAUGCGAAGUCUUCGAGAGUGACCAUCCUCCGGCCCCCAACUCCGUCUCUCACUCUGGGGAGCACCUGGCGUCUGACCUUCCCAAAAGCACACCUCAGCAGGAACAAGGUACCGAGCAGGAGUCCAACACCAAACCAAUUGUUUUUUUCACUGAGAUCCAGGAUCCUCUGGUAGAUUACCAUAACCCCACCAAGGUGGAGGGAUUAGAGCCCAGCCCUGGUUGCCCUCCCCUGGACUCUGACCUCAGUGACCUGCCUCCCCAGGAGCGGGAGAGACCCUGCCACCUGGACCUCCGGCCUGCUGAACAGUACAGCAACGGAGGGACACCACGCAGGAACCCCUCAACCAAGCCUAACCAAGCAUCUGUACCUGCAGAGAGCAAGAGAGCAGACUUACAUCUAGACUUAAAUUACCCUCAGCAGACAGGGGAGUCUCCUGCACAUGCAGCUAUCCCACAAUCCCCAGCAGGUAAUGUAUAAAAAUCUACAUUUAGGACCCCUCCUAAUUUAAACCCUAAAACCAAACCCCUCACCCAUUUUCCUUCCUCACCCAGCCAAACUCCAUCAGUCAAGGCAUAGUUAGUUAGUUCACCCAUUGCAAGAUACAAUCUCCUCUGUCUCAUAUGAUAUGAUGCUCGGACUACUCAUUUGCAUCAUGAAACGUACACUUAGCAAUCCCAUUCCUCUCAAAAAGGAUAUUAUGCAGAUUACUUAACUAGUUCAAAUUCAAUGAGGGGAUAAUUUUUGUAUAUGCCCAUAUAGCUAAAAGCUUGCCAUCAUUACACAAAACAUCUGUUUGUGUACCAGUCCAUUGAAUUUGAAUUUGCAACACCAAUUUAAAACAUGGAGAUUGGUAAAUCAUAAAACGUGCAGGAGUAGUUUAGCUAUAAUCAACAUAUAGCCUAAUGAUUAAACUAGCUUUUUUCAGAGGCAUUCUAACCUUGACUACUCAGAUUAAAUAUGUUAAUUUCAAUAAGAAAACUGAUACUAAAAUAUUAUGUUUGAGUCCCCAAAUGGCACCCGAUUCCCAUUAUAGUGCACUUCUUUUGACCAGGGCCCAUGGGGCUCUGGUCAAAAGUAGUGCACUAUGUAGGGAAUAGGGUGCCAUUUGGGAUGCUUCCUUAGUGUCAAGUACUAUGCCAUGUGUUGGUUAUAAGCCACCUUCCUUGUGACAAGGUGUGGUGGAUUGACGUAGGCCUAGUUGUACCGAUGCAAUUUGAUGUACAUAAAAAUGCAAAUAGGCCUAUUCGAUGUUUAUUUUAUUGAAUGUCAUGAAAUCCAACAGCUUCUGGUCUUUUUCAAGCCAAUAAGAUAAUAGCUUAUGAUAUUAUUUAUUGGGAUUGAUGUCUUUAUAAUUUGUGUUUUAUGCAAAAUACAUGAUUUUUACUACCAAAUCAAAUUACAUAAUAAUAUGGCCAUUUGAUUUAGAAGGUAAAUCCAAAAAGAUCUGUAUUGUACUAUGGACCACACUACUAAGCUGUCAUGAUGAGAAAGGUGUAGCCUAUGUCAUUCUACGUGUUACCUCCUACAGGGACCCUUAUCUACCCAGGAUCGGCUUGUUUUUGUUGUCAGCUGUUAGAUCCUCCUAGCCUGUAUGUGUUCCUCAGUCUGCUUAUCUAGUAAAGACAUCUGCAUGCCAGUAAUAUAAACCAUUUGUUGUCUGUCUUUUUAUUUAUUCCACCCAAUAUUUUUGUGUUUGUAUUUUUUUAAACUCGUUUUACUCUGUAGUGCUGGUUUGGUUCAAUAGACUUUGUGUGGUGCUGCCUUCUGUGUGUGGUGUGUCUAGAACAAUCUUUAUCUAUGGUUCUGAUAUGUCUCUCUUUUUUCACUCAUAUUAUACAGCAAAUCCUUCCACUAUUACUUCCUUAGGGGUUGCGUCUGAAAUGGCACCCUAUUCCCUAUAUAGUGCACUACUUUGUGCACUAUAUAGGGGACAUGGUGGCAUUUGGGACGCAUACUAGUUAGGGGGUAUCCCAGUGCAAAACAUGUCAAUCUUGUUUCUGCUAUCAACAUCAAUAAGUGGUCAAUUUUAUUAUAUUUUGCCAGUAUGGACCUCUUAUUUAGUGAUAUUGAAGCAGUGUUUAUGAUAGAAAGAAACUGUAUAUAAAAACUAAUGGGAAAUGUUCGAGAAAACGAGUGAUGUACGUACUUCCUUUUGUGCUACAAAUUAAAUCAUUUCCGCCUGCAAUUAGAUUUGUAUUACAGUAUAAUAAUCAUCUGUACAAUACAAAAGGUCUGUUCAUUAGUUACAGAGACCUGUACGGUUUACUUCUUCAAACAUAUCACUGGUGCCUGAGCAAACGGAGUUAUGCAGAGUUAGGCUAACUAACCAGCGCUGGCAAUGCAAUGCAUGGCUUACUGUGUUAAUUACCGCUGGAUAAAAGAGACACAUCCAGACAACUACAUCCCUCUGUGCUUCACCUUUAAGGCAGCUGUGCCUUCUCCCUGUCACCCACAGUCCAGGUCAGUGACUACUCGUGACUUAUACAUAUGAUAUAAUUGGACAGUAUAUCAACAAUAUCAUAUAAUCCAUUGGUCUGUAACAUGAGUACCAAUGCAAUGGUUAAACGAGGGCUUCCCCCCUAUCUCCUAGUAGAAUAGAGGACAGGUCAUUGCCUGAUCCAGUCAUUAUUAAAUGGUUAAGAGGACACAGUUGCAUUAAGGGUGAAACUUUAGUAAUCUAAAUAUUGGGAUAAAAAUGGAAAGAAGUGACCUGCAGAAUGCCUGUGUAAUGACUAUGGACUUAAGGAAAACUGAAUCGUUAAGUCAUUGUGCAGUAUUGUCAAUUGUUUUUAGGGGACAAUGAGGGACAAUGUGACAGAUUGGAUCAAACAACAACCCCAACCUGUACACAAGACCGCCGUCCAUCCAAAGCCCUCUCUCCCAUCUACGAACUGGACGUGGGAGAAACCUUUGAGCACCUCUGCUCCUCGGACAACAUCAAGGACAGGAGCACAGUGGGGCAGGAGGAGGAGAACGAUGAAGGUUACAAUGAGGAGAGCAGUAAGUUUGCGGAGCGUGACUGGAGCAUGCUGAAACAACUCCUCUCAGACCAGGAGUCCAGUCUGGGCGUCAUAAACCCAGUCCCUGAGGACCUGAACCUAGCCCAGUAUCUGAUCAAGCAGACCCUGUCCCUCUCCCGUGACUGCAUUGACGCCCAGCAGACCUUCCUGCCCCACGAGAAGGAGACGUUUAAACGCUGGGCGGAGCUCAUAUCACCCCUGGAGGACUCCACAACUAGCAUAACUGUGACCAGCUUCUCUCCUGAGGACGCUGCCUCUCCGCAGGGGGAAUGGACCAUUGUGGAGCUAGAAACACAUCACUGA